CUAUCACUAAUAGUAACAAUGACAAAUCCAAUGAAACAGGAAAGAUUUAAGUUUUUUGAGCCAUUGUUUGAAAGGAAGAUGUUACAUUCUUCCAGAAGUAUGCAAGAAGCAAACUGUAAGUACUCUGCUGUUAGUACAGAUGAUGCAGGAUCAGCUUCACCAACGCCAAAUGAAUUCUGCAAAGAGCCAGGAAUUCAAACACGCCGCUGUCGAAGAUCAUACAGUCAGGGUUCUAUUCAGGAUGUGUCAGUAGGUGACAAUGUCAAAGAUACACAUGAACCACAGAGAUCAAGCAAGAGAUGCCUUCAGGAAAACAAAAACAGCAAGAAGAGGAAAAGAUCAGAGACACCAGAGCAAAGCACAUCCCAUGGAUCAGUUCAUGAAAGAAAUACAAGAAGAGACUUGUCCCUUCCAAAGAAAGAAGGGCUCUUUUGGGCUAAUCCUGCAGAAGGUUGUGAAGUCAUGCAAGAAGAAAAAAUUCACCACCUACUAGAAAGAUUAGUCAAUGCAACAGAAAAUAACACAGUCCAUCACCUGGAAGUACUAUACAACAGGAUAAACAUGGCUAUCAAGAAGCAUAAGUGCCCCCAUAAUUGCUCAUAUCUUGAGAAGGAUUUAGAAGACAUUGUCACACAAUGUGAAAGAGAGAACUCAAAUGUAAUUGAAUGACUGACAGUUUGUUCUGAAGAUUUUGCAAGAAGAUGACAAUGAAUCGUUGACUUGUUG